ACGACCUUAACUUGACAUUGAGCUAGUUACUAGUCUCUUCAAUCAUGCAGCUUCCUGUAGUCAUGUGAAAACAUUGAGUGAUUGCUACAGGAAUAACAUUUUCUGCUUUGGCUACCAAACUCAGACGACCUUGACUUUAGAUUGAGCCAGCUACUAGUACGCUUCAAUCAUGCAGCUUCCUCUAUAGUCAUAUGAAUACGUUGAGUGAUUGUUAUAGGAAUAACAUUUUCUGCUUUGGCUGGUAUAUCAAGUGUUUGUUCUAGGUGCAAAUUGCAGAGCACUAAUGGCGUAAAUCUCACAUUUUCUGAUAGUAAACAAGGAAAAUGGCUUAUUUUGGUAGGAGGGAAACAAAUGAAGGUUGAUACGACUACCAGUAGACUCCCUCGAGCCAAGCACAUGUGUUUGGCUCCCAGUAUUAUGUUUAUUUCAAACCUUUCAUGGUUUGCAAAUCGCAUGCUAUCUUCCAUCUUCUCCUCCUAUGCGUUACUCUUGUUGUGCUUUUCUCACCACCUGUUUUGCUCUGCUACUGCUAGAGAUACUCUAACGUCACACGACGAUCCAAUUAGGAACGACAGAUCAGAAGGUCUUGUUUCAGCUGGAGGAAGAUUUGAACUGGGAUUCUUUACACCACCAUCUACAGGAGCAGGAAGGUCUGGCAAUGGAAGAUAUGUUGGUAUAUGGUAUCAUCAACUGAAUCCAAGGACAGUUGUAUGGGUUUCCAACAGAGAUAAGCCAGUUCCUGCCAAUUCCACUGGGGUUUUUGCAAUCAAAGAAGGUAACCUCCAUGUGUUGGAUGCAACUACUAAAGAGUAUUAUUGGUCAGCAAAGAUUGGAGCCUCCUCUUCUGCUCUCAACCCGAUGGUGAAGCUCAUGGAUUCUGGGAACCUGGUGUUAAGUGAUGGUAACGAUCGGUUGGCAGUGAAUAAUAUUUUGUGGCAGAGCUUUAAUAGUCCAACUGAUACAUUCAUUCCUGGGAUGAUAAUGGAUAAAAACUUGGAAUUGACUUCAUGGAGAGGUGAAGACGACCCAGGAAUUGGGAACUUUACCUUCAAACUAGACAACCAGAAUCAGUAUAUGAUCACAAAAUUGAAAUCGAUUAUUUACUGGAAAAGUCAAGAGCCAGUAAUUGGUACAUCUGUCAUCUCAGAUGAAAUGCCUCCAGCAGUUGCUUACUUAUUAUUAAAUUUCAGCCAGAGUUAUUUAAAAAAAAAAAGCUCCAGCAGCGUUUUCACAUCUACAAGUCGGAACUCUUCUUAUAAGCACAUAGCAAUUCUGCCACGGACAGAAUACAAUUAUACAAGAUUGGUGAUAGAUUUUACGGGGACUAUACAAUUUUGGAGGUGGCUUGAGAAUAAGUGGACUAGGAUAUGGUCAGAGCCAAAAGAUCAAUGCAGUGUGUUUAAUGCUUGUGGGAACUUUGGCAGUUGUAAUAAGAAUAAUGGGCCGUCAGUGUGCAAAUGCUUGCCAGGCUUCAAACCCCAGUCUCUAGAUAAAUGGAAUUCUGGGGACUUUUCUGGUGGAUGCACAAGAGAGUCCCCAUUAUGUCUCAAAGAGGAAACAUUCUUCACUUUAAAGAUGAUGAAAGUUGGAAAUCCAGACAUACAAAAUGAUGCUAGCAAUGAAACAGAAUGCAAGAACACCUGCCUCCCCAACUGCGGGUGUACUGCUUACUCAUAUGCUGAAGCUGGUAAAACAAAGAGAAGGGAUGUUUCUACUUCCAUGUGCUGGAUAUGGAACUCGCAGAAUCUAGAUAGUCUUCAAGAAGAGUAUGCUGACGGCCGAGACCUCUCUGUUCGCGUUGCCUUGGCUGAUUUAGAAUCAACCGUAAGAGACUGCGAACCUUGUGGCACAACCAUGAUUCCUUAUCCCCUGAGCAUCCAACCGGGUUGCGGUGAUCCCCUGUAUUUUCGUUUCAAAUGCAACGCCUCCACAGGCCAGGUUAGCUUCAUGGGACCAAGUGGCUAUGGGACCUAUAGAGUCAUUAGCAUAAAUCCAAGGACAAAAAAAUUUCUCGUAACUGUAGAUAACUGCGAUUCUAGAAACCGAGGCGAAAACCAGGAGCUGAACCAGCUGCCAUUUAGGGUAAUCAAGUGGUGCCGUGCAAACGUGGGAAACUUUAGUUCUGAAGAUUCAUCCAGCAGUUCUCCGGUAACAGAGAUGGGUUGGGAUCCACCCCUUGAACCAACCUGUAAUACAUUUGCAGACUGCAGGGGUUGGCCAUAUUCAACUUGCAAUCCAGCAAAAGAUGGAAAGAAAAGAUGCCAUUGCAAUGCAAACUUUCGAUGGAAUGGCUUUAACUUGAAUUGUACUCAAGGUGGUCCUCAAGUAGAGCCAUUUAAACCGCCACUAGAAGAGCAUUCAAGAAGACAAAUACCAUUGUCUCUUAUAGUUUUGGCCGUGCUUGUUAUCAUCAUUUUUGUGGCAUGCAUCAUUUCUAUUUAUAUAUGGAGAAGAAAGAUGACCAGUGAACGAGAUCAAAUAAGUCGAGGACAGUUUGAUAGUGAAAGACGACUCAAAGAGUUGAUAGACACAAGUGAGUUCAAGGAAGAAGAAAGUAUAGAUGUCCCCCUCUUUGAUUUGCAAAUCAUACUAGAUGCUACGGAUAAUUUCUCAGAUGCAAACAAGCUUGGACAAGGGGGCUAUGGGCCUGUUUAUAAGGGCAAGUUCCUUGGAGGUCGAGAAAUUGCAGUAAAGAGGCUAUCAAGGGUUUCAGGACAGGGCUUACAGGAAUUUAAGAAUGAGGUGGUGCUGAUUGCCAAACUUCAACAUCGAAACCUUGUUAGACUUAAGGGAUAUUGCAUGAAAGGAGAAGAAAAGAUUUUACUCUAUGAGUAUAUGCCUAACAAAAGCUUAGACUUCUUUAUAUUUGAUCGUACUCAAAAAAUGUUUCUCAAUUGGGAGAUGCGCUUUAACAUCAUUCUGGGAAUCACUCGAGGACUUCUUUAUCUUCAUCAAGAUUCCAGAUUGAGGAUCAUUCACAGAGAUUUGAAAACUAGCAAUAUUCUCUUAGAUGAGGAGAUGAAUCCCAAAAUAUCUGACUUCGGCUUGGCAAGGAUUGUUGGAAGUAAAGAAAUUGAGUCUAAUACAAACACAGUAGUUGGAACUUAUGGUUACAUGUCUCCAGAGUAUGCAUUAGAUGGAACUUUCUCAGUGAAAUCGGAUGUGUUUAGCUUUGGUGUGGUUGUUCUUGAGAUAAUCAGUGGAAAAAAGAACACAGGAUUCUACCAAUCCAAAGAAACUUUCAGCCUCAUAAAUCAAGCAUGGAGGUUAUGGAAAGAGAACAAGGUGUUGGAUUUAAUGGACAAUAAUUUGGAUGAAAGUUGCAACAAAAGUCAAUUCAUCAAGUGUGUAAAUGUUGGGCUCUUAUGAGUACAAGAGGACCCUGUUGACCGUCCCACCAUGUCAAAUGUUCUUACCAUGCUUGACAGUGAAAUUGCAAUCCCUCCAACUCCCAAGCAACCAGCUUUUGUCAUGAGGAGAGGCAACAGCUCUAGCACAGCUUCUUCUUCUACUAAGCCAGAAACAUUUUCUGAGAUAACUACUACACUAGUAGAAGGUAGAUAAUUAUAGCAAGGUAAGAGGCUGUAAUUUGUCCUUUUAUAAGUAAACUUUUUUAUCUCGUAUUUUUCUUUAUAUUCAACUUUAAUUUUUCCUUUGUGAUCUUUAAGUGAUUAAAUACUUCGGUGGAUGAGACUACGCCAAACACUUUAAUUGUAAAAGCCCUCUCUACUAUUAUGUUGGUCAUUAAAAUUUGACUUCUUUGUAAUGUGACUUGGAUUGGAUUCAUUGUGUGUUUUUUUUUUCUUCGCGGAUUCAUCAGUUGACUGAGUCAGUUCAAGUGCACUAAGAGGUGGAGAUCAAGAGACUGAACAACACCAGAAUCCAUAAGCCUCACUGUCAAAUUUAAAGACUUGGGUGUUUGAAGCCCUGUUGACCAAUAAGACUCAUCAGUAAAAUCAUCCAACACUUGGAGGUUACCUUUUUUUUUUUUUUUUUGGGUUGGUCUGACGCUUGGAGGUUACCUUGUUUGAUUGCAAAAACUCAAGUUCUAGUUGAAUUUAUAACAACUAGCUUUUCUCUGUUACCAACCGAAACAACCGUCCUUGGACUCAGAUUGUGAUACCAAAUGCCAACAUAUGUUC